UGUCGAUCAUAAAAAUCAGCUAAUCUUAUUUCCGUCUCAUCUUUCGAUGGAAGCUGCCGCCAAAACUUCGGCAUCAUUCACCUUGUCCUGGAGACGACGGAUUCUGUUUUCGGUAGUCUCUAGAGCACUUGCAGCAGUUAGCCGGAGAGAUGGCACAGUGAACCGCCGUAUCCUCAAAUUCAUAGACUUCCGGACCCCGGCGUCGUCCAAACCGAUCAACGGCGUCAAGACAUACGACAUCGUCGUAGAUUCCACUCGCAAGCUCUGGUUCCGAGUAUUUGUCCCCACACAGCAGUCCAUAGAAGAUCUCCCGGUGAUCAUAUUCUUUCACGGCGGUGGAUUCGUCUUCCUCGCCCCCGACCAGGACAUUUACGACGCUUUUUGCCGCCGGUUGUCCAGAAAACUGCCUGCAAUCAUUGUUUCAGUCAGCUAUCGUCUUGCACCGGAGCACCGGUACCCUGAUCAGCAUGAUGAUUGCUUUGAUGUGCUGAAAUUUCUGGAUGCUGAGGAGAAUUGUUCGAAAUCGUUACCGGAGAAAACGAACAUUUCACGGUGCUUUGUCGCUGGAGAUAGCGCUGGCGGAAACCUAGUUCAUCACGUUGCUCAAAGAGCAUGCGAAUUCAACUUCCAACGACUUAAGGUAAAUGGCAUGUUAGCAAUUCAACCUUUUUUUGGAGGAGAAGAGCGAACGAAUUCUGAAAAAAAAUUCAACGGAAAAGCUCCCCUUGCGUCAUUAAAGCAAACAGACUGGUACUGGAAUGCAAUCAUGCCGCCAGGUGAAAGUUACAAUCGUGACCAUCCGGUCAUCAAUGUUAGCGGCCCAAUGGCGGUGGACAUAUCAAAAUUAGAUUUUCCGGCGACAAUGGUGGUGGUUGCUGGCUUUGAUUUUCUAUAUGAUUGGCAGAAAAGGUAUUGCGAGUGGCUGAAGAAGUCAGGGGUAGAAGUGUACUUGGUUGAGUACACAAAUAUGUUCCAUGCUUUUUAUGUGUUUCCGGAGUUGCCUGAAUCUGAACAGCUUAUGUGGGAUGUGAAGGAGUUCAUUCAAAAUGUCUUAAUGAAGGUGAAUUUGAAAAAAACCGAAAUGGAGAAAACGGUUGCAAAAAAUGAAAAAUUAGAAAAAGGAGGAACAUAUAUCCAUGUUCGUGCAUCCAAACAAAAGUACAAAAAUCUCUUCGAAGUCAUGGGGAACACAUCGUCAAUGCUCACUCAAUACGACAUCGAAGAAGUCCAAGAACAUUGCAACAACACAUUUUCGCAACAAGAGAUAGUUUCCUUGUACCAAAGGUUCUGUCAGUUGGAUCGUAACAGUGGUGGGUUCAUCUCAGCUGACGAAUUCCUUUCGGUGCCGGAAUUCGCCGUCAAUCCCCUCUCUCAGCGACUAUUCAGGAUGAUUGAUGGAUUGAAUUUCAAGGAAUUUGUGUUAUUUUUAUCUGCAUUUAGUUCUCGUGCGACCUUACAACAUAAAGUAGAAUUCAUAUUCAAGGUUUAUGAUUCUGAUGGCAAUGGGAAGGUUGCAUUCUCUGAUUUGUUAGAUGUUUUAAGGGACUUAACAGGGCAAUUCAUUUCUGAACAACAAAGGGAGAUUGUCCUGACACAUGUUCUUGAGGAAGCAGGGUAUAAAAAAGAUUCUUUAUUAGUUCAAUCCGACUUCAUGAAGAUUCUUGGAAACUCGGGGUUGAAGAUGGAAGUUGAGGUUCCUGUUGACUAGUUUGAGAUUUAGUUUUUACAAAAAUCAGGUGUUUAGAUACUUGUAUCAUGUAGUGUAAACUACUAAUGUUUUUUACCUUUUAGUUACCCGUUGUUUGAAUCUGAAUUUGAUCUUGUUUAUGUCUUCCAAGAGUGUUAGAAUUUGUAUUUUGCAUCACUUUAGUAUCUCUUGAAUUACCUUAAACUUGCAAGUAUUGUGUUUUUGACAUU